UGUGAGUGGAUGACAGCAGUUAGCAUCACACUUCACCCGUGAGACAGCGAACGGUAGCUAAGUUUAGCAGGAACCUGUGGGUGAAUUUAUGUUCUACAUAGUUCAAGAGACUGCUAGCUAAAAUAAUAAAACGCUAUUUUUGAGUACGGCGAGGAUGUCUGUUCCGGCAGGACAGGGAUGAAGAUGACACCACUGUUAUGGCGAGUUGUCUCAGUGUGGCUAUGUAUAGCUGUAGUCUGUUGGUACUCUAGCUGCUAUGUUGGUUGCACGGAGUCGGACCAAGAGGCCCAGAGGCCCUUGUCCUCACAGGACGUCAGUUCGGAGGAAGAGUCAGGGGAAAACAUUCAUCAUCACAAGGUUGAGGAAAGCCGGUUGUUACCCUCCCAGCCUCAGUCUGAAAAUGAGCAGUUGAUAGAGGAUCAUCAGCAAAAAGUGGAGCAGACAACACAAGAGUUGGACAAAAAACAAUAUUCAGAGGCCUUAGAAGUGGAGGAGCAUGCUGUGGAGCUAGAUUUGGAGGCAGAAAAAGGAACUUUACAACCUGAGCCAGAACCUGAGCAAAGCUCAGAGAGUCAACAUCCUUCAGCCUCCAUCACUCAAGACCAGGACUCAGCCUCCCUGCUGCCUUCACCUGACCCUCUCACUGAUUCUGCUGCUGAGCUGAAAGACGCCCUCAACAUCCUUAACAUUCAAGACAACAUCCCUAAUAGUGUUUCAAAUGACGCACCUGACGUAGCUGCACCUGAGCUCACUGAUGUUGACCUGCUUCCAGCUGAAUGUGAAGAAGAUGAGAGCAACCCAUAUGACAGUGACAGCAGUCCUCCAAUAGUUCUGGAGAACACUUCCAAUGUUCACACCGCGGGAACUAAAACCCACACAGACCCUCCUCUGAGUUCUCCGGCAGGUCACGGUACACAGCAUCUGGAUCUGGAGGCCAACACGUCACACAUGCUGGAAGAGCAAGAUCUGAGAUCCCCUGUUACCACAGACACAGAUUCCAGUGUGAGCAGCAAAGACCCCGAGGACAUCCCCACUUUUGAUGAGUGGAAGCGUAAAGUGAUGGAGGUGGAGAAAGAAAAGACUCAGUCUACUCAUACUGCUAACAAUGGGGCAUCUCAUACGGUGAAGAAGGUCCAGAAGAACUUCAAUAACUACGCCUCAGUGGAGUGUGGAGCCAAGAUCCUUGGUGCUAACCCAGAGGCAAAGAGCACUUCGGCCAUAUUGAAGGAGAACAUGGACUUAUACAUGCUAAACCCCUGCAGUAACAAAAUCUGGUUCAUCAUUGAGCUCUGUGAGCCCAUCCAGGUGAAGCAGCUGGACAUCGCUAACUUUGAGCUCUUCUCUUCUACUCCCAAAGACUUCCUUGUCUCCAUUAGUGAUAGAUAUCCAACAAACAAGUGGCUGAAGCUGGGAACCUUUCACGGCCGGGAUGAACGCACUGUCCAGAGCUUCCCCUUAGAUGAACAGCUUUAUGCUAAAUAUGUGAAGAUGUUCACCAAGUACAUAAAGGUAGAGCUGGUGUCUCACUUUGGUUCUGAACAUUUCUGUCCUCUCAGUCUCAUAAGGGUGUUUGGCACAAGUAUGGUGGAGGAGUACGAGGAGAUAGCCGAUCCCUCAGAAAGACCAGAUGAUCAGGAUGAUGACUUGGAUUAUCCUACUGGAUAUGCACCUGGUGAAGUCAAGUUAUCCAAGAAUCUGAUUGGAUCAGCAAAAGAUGUCAUUUUGAACAUGGUAAAUAAUAUUGCCGUCAAUGUCCUCGGAGGAGGCCCAGAGAUGCAAGGCAACCUUUCAUCACAGGAAGUAAACACGACUGAGCCCACUGCUCAAGCUAACACUACAGACCUUUCGUCAGCUCUCGACUCUGAGGAGGAAGUGAUUCUACCAGACCCUGAUAUUCCUGCAACUGCAGUCCCCUCCUCAGAGACCCCUGUGUCAGAGACACCGACCGCCGAUACAAGCAAUCAAGAGCUCCCCUUAGUGGAGGAACAAAUUGUGAUUCCUUUAGCGAAAGAUGAGGAAGAACCCAUCAGCUCGACAAUCACCCUUUUGGAUAAGGAGGAGGAGUUGGACGAGGAAAAAGAGAAAAGGGAUCAUCAUAAGCGAAAACAAGAAAUCCAGAACUACUGUUCACUACUUCCUUCAUUCUCUUCCUCCUGCUCCUGCGCGGCGUCCCUCCAGGAAUAUCUCCAUCGGCAGUGUUCAGCCCUGCUGUCCAAAAAAAGGAAAUGCCAAACUAUGGGCAAAAAGCAAAUGAUUCCUCCCAUCCAAACACCCGUUUGGCUCCAACCCCUGUCCCCCACUGCCUGCCCCGAACCUCAGCAGCACCACAGUGAGGUACAUCAGCCCCAUGAAAAAGAACAAGCUUCUGAACAGGAGCCAGAGAGCAGUGCCAGACCGUCAGAAACACCACAGCCUACAGGGAACACAGCAGAGUCUCAUAGCGAGUCCAUGUCAGAACCUCCUCUGCUGGAGCCCAGUCAAACCGCGAACCUCCCCAAACCCACUGCCACUGACUCAUCCUCUGCCAAACCUACCCCUAUUGUGGAGACGCCGCAGCUGUCUUCUGAGGAGCCAGCAAAGGAGCUAACGGCAGAAAUGAGCCAGGACGUGCUGGAUAAAGAGAAGCACAUUGAACCCUCAGCCUCUCUCAGUAGCUCCAACUAUGUACAACCUGAUGUUGUUGCUACAGUGGAGGAUGCCUCAGUGGAACUAACUGAAGAGAAAUCUGAUAUUGAUGUUUCUCAACCAGAGAUAAACACCCCCAUACAAACCUCGGAUAAGACAGAUCAAUCUCAAAUUCUCCAUCCCACCACCUCCCCUAAUUUAGAAGUUCACCCUGACCCACCUGCUGCACCUGAAAGUGGUAUACCCUCCACUGAAGUAGCUCAUCCUGCUCCAGAUAUCGUCACUGAACGUGAGCCCUCUGGUGGACCCCCAGCCAUCGCAGAAGCUAAACUGGAGGAUUUUGCAGAAGACAUUACUGCAUCGUCCCCCUCUCCUUUGGCUCCUUCUUCCUCACCGUCCCUCUCAGACAUCUAUGCAGAUCCCCCCAACGGCACGGAGCAGAACGGGAACCCGGUGCAUGGCUCCAGCCAGAAAGAGUCUGUUUUCAUGAGACUCAACAACCGCAUCAAGGCCCUGGAGAUGAACAUGUCACUCAGCGGACGCUACCUGGAGCAGCUAAGCCAGAGGUAUCGGAAGCAGAUGGAGGAGAUGCAGAAGGCUUUCAACAAAACCAUCAUUAAACUCCAGAACACCUCAAGAAUAGCAGAGGAGCAGGACCAGCGUCAGACCGAGUCCAUUCAGUUGCUGCAGGGCCAGCUGGAGAAUGUGACUCAGCUGGUUCUCAACCUGUCUGUCAGAGUCAGCCAGCUGCAGAUUGAGGUGUCAGACAGGCAGAACUACCUGCUGCUGUCUCUGGUGUUGUGCCUGAGUCUCGGCCUGCUGCUGUGUGUCAACCACUGCCGCAUCACCACUAUUCCUCCGACCGCAGAACCAGAGCCACCCAUCGCUAAGAGCUACACCUACUGCUGUUCUGAAAGGCGGUUCUCUGCCUGUGAUGAGACGGGCCUGAAGAGGAGUGCAUCCUAUCCUCUCAUACACUCUGAGUCACUGCAGUUAGCCACCACUGAAGGCCCAGAAAUGCUGCACGCAGAGGACACACAGAGUCUUUGUGCAGCUAACAGAAAGAGGAGACGCCGUAAAAUGAAACCCCUGGAGAAAGUGGAGACUCUGAAACCCUCUUUUCACGCUGCUCCAGAACUGUGUAACGGAGGUGUUGUUUGCAACGGCGCACCGGUCACCACAAACCCUACACCCAUUACAAAAAGGUUACUCCAACCUCUCUUUAGAGACUCACCGUCAGAGGGCAGCUCGGAGGGAUCUUCUCAUUCAGACGACCCCUCCUUCUGUGGCAUCACCACAGCUUGCACCCGAAUCUGUGACGGGCACCCUCCACCCAAGACCCGGGCGGAGAAACGGGCAUUGAGACGCAGGCGUCCUAAGUCCACUUGCGCUGUAGUGGACUUGCUUCAGGCCCCAAGGAGGGACAAGAGCGAACCACUGCCCAUCUCUACCAUACAUGACAUCAUGAACAGGAAAACGGAGCAAAGCUCUGAGACAUUUGGGGUAAAUGUUGCCCUCUCAGGUCCUGUUUGACAUUUGACAUCCACACUACAUCCCACUGACUACUUGACUCUUUUCAAAAGAGGAUGGAUGUUCAUUUCUGUAGCCACAGGCAGCUUGAAGCUUUGACAUGAAACAAUCUCUUCAAUCUUACUUAAGUUUUCUUUUCUGUUCACGUUCCCUGUUUAGUUCUUGUCAGAUGGUUAUACUGCAGUAUUUGCGAUACUUCAGAUCAGAGAAUUGUCUUCCCAGCUUUCCAUUAAAGCUUUUCUCUUUUGUUUCAAGGUACUGACUGUGACUAGUCAUCCUACAAAUUCAACUCAAUGAUUCAAUGGAGUUGUAUCGCACUCAGCCUGCAAACAACAAGAAAUUCUUGUUUUUAAAAUGUCUUCUUUUCUAUCCGUACCGUUUAUUUCAUAAAAAUUCAGUUCUCACCUCCGAGGAAACAAGUUCACACACAGGACUUUUCUUAAUCAGUUCACCUUCAAAACAGAAGCACAGAAGCACUAACAAAGUAUAAAGCACAUAAAACUUGUCAAAGUAUGUGGAAAUCUUUAGACUCAAAGUGGACAAAUAGAGCUAUAAAACUCAAAGAAAAGACGCUGUAUCAUGCUAUCAUUAGUUAUUGAUCCAGUGAAGCUGAAAGAGAAGAAAGACAGCACACAACGUGAAAGGACUUCAGUGAAAAAUGUACUUGUUUUAACAAUACUUUACAUAACAACUGGUCCUGGACUAAGAUCAAAUUUAAGGUCCACCUUGAAAUGAUACUUCAGAUAUUCCUAACAAAAGAGAUUAGUCCAUCAUCAACUGCACUCACAGUCCAGUCACACAGUUGUUAGAGGAAAAAAAAACAGGAACUUAGUAUUAGUGGAUUCUUGUGCUUAUAGUAGCAUACAAUGCAAUUUAAUGCAUCAUGUUACAUGAACGUGAACCAUUCUAUAUGGCAUCUGAGCAUCAUUGCAACAUCAUCCACUCCGCUCUUCUCUCCACUAAAAUGUUCAGUUUCAGUGAGCUACUUUGCAUUUUCUGGACUCAGAUUUUGGUCAUUAAAUAACUGAGACCUGGUCAAGGUCAAUACGUGGUGUUAAGUUUUAAGUAGUGCAACAGUUUUUAGAAAAAAUCAGUCAUGAUUGUCAUUUCUACUAUGUAGCAGUGUAUGAAAGAUUUGAGCCAAUGGGUUAAGAUGGAAAAACAGGAAGAGGCUGAAAAAAACAUGUACGGAUUGUAUGAAAAAAAAAGGUCAUAUGAAAAUGUAAUUUCUGGUUCUACACUCAGUCUCUGACAUGCCUCGCCUACAAGUUCUCCCCUCAUGUUGGUGCAUUGCUCCGUAAUCUGGCCCACAAUUUUUUGUUGGAAUUGCACAAUAAUUUUACACAUGUGAAAUUUGACCUUUCCACUUGUUCUACAGCAGAAUGAAGCUUAAGUCUAAUUCCAAAUGAUGCUGCAAAUGCUAUCAAGGGAAAACAGAUUUGAGCUCAGAUCUCGCAAGUAUCCGCUUCACUGAAGUAUCUUGAGCAGGCCAGUGAGCCCCUCCUCCCGGCCUCAGGAGUGCUGUUCGGUAACUGACCCUGAGCCCCGAGCACUGGAGGAGAAUAAUAUCUCCCUCCCACCCUCAGGAGAGAAUUUCCUCUGUGAGAUAACACAGUGUUACUGAAAGGUAAAGGCAACAGUUCAAGAUUGUUGCUGACUGGUGUUAAUCAGAUAGUAUUUGUCUGUGUUUGGUGCUUGUGUUGUUUGUGUGCCGAUGAGCACCAGAUGCAGGACUUACAGGAAUAAGAGUGCCGCAGUUGAUUACAGUGAAGAGGGUGGUGUUAUAUAAAAAUCUGAAAGACUACAAGGUCAACUACGGGGAAAAAGGUCACAGAAUAUGGUGUAACAUCUUUAAUGUGACUGACCAGCAGAUAUAUUUCCAUGAUGUUUAUACACUGACUUUUUUUUCUAUUUAGCAUUGGUUCAUUUUUCCAAAUCCUCACAACCUUUAACAAGGUGAAAAUUCAAAGCCAGUUGAAGCUGUACACACAGCUGAGAUGGAGCAGUGAGAACACACACCUGCUGACCCUGGUUCGGUUUCUGCAGGUAAUAUAAAUGUGAACCACAGUGACCUCUCUUAUGUAAGUGUCUUGUUGCUGUGUCCAGCAGGGGGCAGUGUAAUCUUUGGAUAAACCACUGCAUGAUUUUGAUCUACCAUCACCAUCAUUUUCCAUGUGAUGAGUCAUUACACAGGAUGGAAGUAAAUUAGUUCAAGGGCUAAUACUGCGCUCCGCUAUGCCAACUCAUUUUGCUUUUGCCACCAUGGAGCCAGUGAAACUGCUGUCCUUCUUAUCCCGGCUGUGUUCUGUUAUUAAAAUGCACCCGUUUGACU